ACCAAUCGGAAACUGAGGUGUAACACGCUACUCUCUUCCCUGACGCCGUCCACUGCUACUGAACUACUGCCGGAGGAGGAACUAAGUGUCAAAAAAACAGUUAAAAAUGUUACUUCGCGCUUUAGAAAUUAUAUAUUUCAUAUACUUUGCGUCACACAUCCCAAUUACUCUCAUGGUUGAUCUUCAGGCUUUGCUUCCAGAACAUCUGUAUCCACCUGAGCUGAGAAACUUAUUGCACUGGUAUGCUGCUGAAUUCAAGGAUCCAAUGAUGAUGGACCCGCCUGCGUGGUUCAAGUCUUUUGUAUUCUGCGAAGCUCUCGUGCAGCUGCCCUUUUUCCCAGUUGCAGCAUACGCCUUCCUAAAGGGUGGCUGCAAAUGGAUCAGAACUCCAGCAAUCAUUUAUUCUGCUCAUGUGGCCACCACUCUACUCCCAAUUUUAAGCCAUGUGCUUUUCUAUAAGUUUCCUUUGGCGCCACAUCCAGGACCCCAAACUUUGAACGAACGCCUGACCCUGGUGUCCAUUUAUGCUCCGUACCUUAUCAUCCCUGUCAUGAUACUGCUCACCAUGCUCUUCAGCUCAACAUAUAACUCAACCUCUCCAAAAGGAAACGCUCCCUCAAAAUCCAAGAAACAAAGAUAGAUGCCUUCAUUACAACCCACCGGGGUUACAAGGUUAUUGCUGGUUAAUACUGGUUAAAUGUGAUUAAAUAUUUUAAUAUGUAUCAGAAUAAUUGGUAAUUGUAUGUAGCUUUUAUCUAUGUUUUGACUCCCAUUAAUUUAGUUUUGUGUACUGAUGACAACGCAUGUAAAAGCAAAAUAUAUUUUUAUUCAAAUGUUCUUCAAAUCUGUAUGAAGUUCGUCAAAUAUUGAGAUAACACACCUGAUGAUCUAAAUGGUUAAUGUAAACAUAACAAUGAAUGAAUUUCAUAUUUAAUAGUUUUCCAUAACUUCUACGGAAUAUAUUUUGGUAUGGUCCCAAUAAAAUUGACAUGAGGAUAUGAUAAAAUAAAACUGGAUGGGUUCAAGUCACAAACAGCAGUUCAAAUAAAAAAAUCAUACAGAAAAUGAUUUACCUGAA